ACGUGGUUACCAAGACAAAAACCAAAAUGGCGGAGUCGGACGAGGCUAUCGCUAUUACUCCUAAAUCCGCAGAUAACCCUGUUAUACGGGACUUAAAAUCCGGAGACAUAUCACAGUUGUCUUACCCUAUUUAUGCUCAAAGAUCCCUUACCCCUGAGGCCAUGUCCUCCUAUUCGCCGUUCGCCCUGGAAGCAGAUGAAUACAGGCCAUCCAUUGCCGAUCAGGUCAGAGUUGGAUUUUUCAGCCAGGAUCGUGCUUCACAAACAGUGGUCUCAGAGGUGCUGCAGUUACGAGAUAUGACAAAUGUACUGCGACAGUUAGUGGAAGAUGUUGGUCUUCUGAAGAGAAGUCUUCACUAUGCCAAGCAUGUUUUGCAAGCAGACUAUGAGAACAAGAUGCAAGAGCGGGCCUUGGACUUGUAUUGCAGAGUAAAUGAUAGAAUCUUGGAUCUGGAAAAAGUUCAUGAAGAGAGAAUUCAAGUCGUCCGUAGAAGUUAUAGACAACAGCUUGCUGAUGCCAUUAGUGAAAUCUCUAGUCAGCAUAAGAUCUACUACAACAAAAAGCGAAAACAGGAGAGUGCAAAAUAUACUGAGAAAUUGAAAAAAGCCCAGGAUGAUGAGGAAGCCAAAAAAAAAGCCAACCAGCAGCAAGAGAGUCUUCUUGAAAUGAUGAAGAUGCAGAUGCGCGAAGCACAGGAAAGAGCUGAUGCCCAGGUGCGAGAGGCGCUAGAGCGUGUCCCAUCACCAAGCAGUGUGGCCACAGACCCUGAGAUCUAUGAGCUUAGGGAUGAGGUAGCUAAGCUUGAGACAACACUGGACGAAGCUUUAUCUGAGCUUGAAGACAAAGAGAAUGAGAACAGGAGACUAACCACUGAUCUGGAAGACCUUACAGACCAGCUAGAACAAGAACGAAAAAGAAUUACCCAGCUUAAAAAAGAGCUUUCAGAUGCUCUUCUGAGUGCAGAACAAGACAGAAACAGGAUGAAGGCAGAGAUGGAAAGACAGAGGCUUGCUUUGCAAAAUGAGAUGGAAACACGUAUUCAAGAAACCAAAAAAAAUAAUCGAAUCAAGAAGAACUGGUCCCAACGACUCAAUGCUCCUAAUGUUUUGGCUGAGUCUCAAAAGCAAGCCGAGGAGAUGAAAAGACUUCACCAAGAGAGUCUUGCCAAGCAGGAGGCACUUGAGAAACAGCGGCUAGCAGCGAGUCUAAAGGCCCAGACUGCUGUUACCUAUCAGUCAUACAAGCCUUCACUCCUGAACAAAGAGUCGCUCGGUGAUUCUGAGAAGGACGAGAUGCUGAAAAAACUAAAAAGCCUUGAGAAGAAGCAACGAGCAGAAAUUCUCAGGUUGCAGAGGGAACUGGAUCGAGUGAACAAGACGUGGGAAAUGAAGGUCACUAUUCUGCAACAGACCAUGCAUGCCCUGCGAGACGAAAGCUUUCUACGGACCUCGCUUCAGAGACAAGCGGCACGGCUACAGCACGCAGCGGUCGUGUAUGCGAGCAAUGGACCGGCGGUGAUCCCUUUGCAAAGCGGCCAUCGUCCAUCCAAGACACUCAGGACCCUGCCUGCGAUCCGCCCUGGCCGCGUGGAAGGCUUUGGAAGAAUCUUAGAGGGGAAAGGAUUCUCGGCUGAUAAUGCCCAAGAUACCCCUUUCACGGAAGAUCGUGCCACACCCAUCCCAGUAGAAGGGGAUGAAGACGAAGAGGAAGAUAAAUACAGUAAGUCCGAGACCAGCGAGAGUGUUAGCGUUAAUCCACAGUACCAAGAUGGCCAAUCAGGAACUCCCGGGUCAGGUCAAAUACACGAGCAAUCACGAGCAUCGGGAUCGCGAGCUUCUAGUCACGUGGUCGUGCUGCCCCAGGUCCCCGCCGCGGAAGGGUAGCGUUCUUGAAUUAUAGAAUAUGUACAUAUUUUUGUAAAUAUUGAUUAAUUGGUUAUUCUUGUACAAGUUUGAAGAAUUAAAGUGAGUUGCUUCA